AUGCGGGAGGAAGACUCUCUUACCGGGGCCUUGUCUGUCCUCCCUGCACUCCAGGGCUCCUUCCUCAUUUAUCCUGAAUCAGAGGCAAGGCCGUUUUGGGGGCCCAAAAUCUCCCGGGGAAUCCCACAAAACCAGCCUGUCAAGCUCUUGGUGAGAGUAUAUGUCGUAAAGGCCUCCAACCUGGCUCCUGCGGACCCCAAUGGCAAAGCAGACCCCUAUGUGGUGGUGAGCGCUGGCCGUGAGUGGCGGGACACCAAGGAGCGCUACAUCCCCAAGCAACUGAACCCCAUCUUUGGAGAGGUCCUGGAGCUCAGCAUCUCUCUCCCUGCUGAGCCAGAGCUGACGGUGGCUGUGUUUGAUCAUGACCUCGUCGGUUCUGACGACCUCAUCGGGGAGACCCACAUUGACCUGGAAAACUGA